AUGUUCUUCAGUUCCCCCUUGCUCAAGGAAAGUGCUUUAGCAAAGGGAAAAUCCGUUUAUCCGAAGGUCACUGUAUUCUCUGAAAUCCUUCCAUUAGCGUCAAAAAAUCACAGCAAUUCGAAAGGAGGGAGACCUGCAGCUUCGUCAUGCACACAGGAGCUCCAAGCUCUUUUUUCGUGUUUGAAGAAAUGGGAGUUUGACGAUAAACCAUGUGGAAAACAGCACUCAGCUUAUAUGGAUUGCGUUCAUGAAUCGGAACGAGCGCUGCAGGAAUACAAGGAGGCUGCUACAAAGGGUACACUAGGAGAAGGAGCGCAGGGGAAGUCGUUGACGACCGCACAGUUCAAUAAGCUGAUGAAACUGUUUCCUCAACCAGAUCUUGGGCAAAGACCAUAUCGUCAAAUGAAGCGAUUACCAACACAGUCGUAUGCUGAUGACAUUUUCCAUAGAAAACACUGGAAAAUGAAACCUAGUUGAUUCCUCAG